AUGGGCAAUGAGACUUGGAGAAUUUCGGGUAUCACGUUGGGCAUGUACGCCGACCUGUACCAGGCUACGCGAAGUACAACACGCCGCCAGCGCGAACGACUGUUACUGCGGCCGCUUGACCAGGAUGACUUUGUGUGGCCAACACUAGACACUAUCGCGGCUGCUCAACUCAAGGUCGGAUCCGAGGACGUGCUAAACGGCUUAGAGGAAGCCGUUUCGGCAUUCCGAAAGAUUGGAUCAGUGAUCAAGGAUCUCAUUUCAAGAACGAAGUGA